AUGGAUCCUCAUGCGGCGCGAGAGCUGUUGGAGUACCUCCGAACCUGUUAUCCAAUAUUCCUCCUGAUCUUAUUUGUGAUAGCCUUUGUGGCUAGCACUGUGGUCGACGCCAAAAAUGCAAACCGUCCAGCUUCUCCACGAAUGGGCCCUGGAGGACGUCCUCUACCUACUCGAUCUCGCAGCUCCGGUAUCCGCAAAACGCAGGCGUUCUCCAAGACCGUCAAGCAGGUGUUUAACUGGCUCUCUGUGGGAAUCCUUGUGACCUUCCUUGCAGAUGCGACGAUCUACAUCCUCCAUGUGAUGGCGGCGAGGUCCGAAAAUUGGUGGCGAGGUCAAUCUAUGGUGAUCUAUAUUGUCGGUUCUUUUUUCACCUACGCUGUCCUGCUUAUGACAUUACUCGAUACUACCCCAUCGCCCACACUCGCUCAAUUCACCUGCUGGUCCAUUGCCAUUCCGAUCGAGCUGGUUAUUCUUAGUACAUCCUUAUCCAUUUACACAACCGCCCACCAUGAACCUAUCGUUGGAGAUCCUGAAGGUGGCAAAAUUCGCCGCAGCAUCACACACUGGGAGUCAGCGGAGGUGGCCACAGGUGCUCUGCGUAUCCUGAUUCUCUUCACCCUCGUCGUUUUGUACACCUGCAAAUCCAUCACUCUAAAGCAACACGAUAAGAAGCAUGGACAGACCAAUGGAGGCGCCACGGAGUCUACUGGCCUGUUGGACUCUUCAAACGCAGAAAAUGGAAAUGCCAACGGCAACGGCAAUGGCCAUGCCUAUGGAUCAACCAAUGGUAACGCAACUAAUGGUAGCGCACGCGCACCUGAGUCGUCGAAACCAACAGAUCCUUGGGUACGCCCAACGACAAUUCCUUCGACUAGCUGGUGGGAGUACUUGAGUGGAUACUCGCUCUUCUUCCCUUACCUCUGGCCUUCUAAGUCACGCCGUCUGCAAAUCGUCGUGGUGGCUUGUUUCAUUCUGCUUGUUGCCCAGCGAGUAGUCAAUGUGAUGGUUCCACAUCAAGUGCAAGUCAUCACGACUGCUUUGGCUGCAGACGAGGGUCAGUUCCGUGUCCCCUGGUUCGAGAUCUUUAUGUACGUAGUCUACAGGUGGCUACAGGGAGGCCAGGGCUUGCUGAGCUCCAUGCGCUCGAGUCUUUGGAUUCCUGUGAGUCAGUAUUCUUACAUGGAGCUCUCCACAGCCGCCUUUGAACAUGUCCAUGGUCUUAGCUUGGACUUCCACCUGGGCAAGAAGACAGGUGAGGUGCUCUCAGCUCUGAGCAAGGGUAGCUCUAUCAAUACCUUCUUGGAGCAGGUCACCUUUCAAGUCGUUCCCAUGUUGAUUGACUUGGGAGUCGCCGUGGGCUAUUUCUUGAUCUUUUUCGAUGUCUACUACGCCCUGGUAGUGGGUAUCUCGACCUUCGGCUAUCUCUACGUCACUAUUCGCAUGGCCCAAUGGAGAGCGGAGAUUAGAAGGCAGAUGGUGAAUGCGUCGCGACAAGAAGAUGCGGUUAAGAACGACUCAAUGGUUUCAUAUGAAACAGUAAAGUACUUCAAUGCCGAGCAGUAUGAAUUCGAUCGUUACCGUGAUGCGGUGGGCACAUACCAAAAGGCGGAAUAUCACGUACUGUUCUCCCUGACUCUACUCAACACUUGUCAGAACACAGUCUUCAUGUUUGGUCUGCUUGUCACUUGCUUUAUCGCUGCGUACCAGGUCUCGACUGGCCAGCGCCCGGUAGGACAGUUUGUGUCAUUGUUGACAUACAUGGUCCAACUUCAAGGCCCCCUUAACUUCUUUGGCACUUUUUACCGCUCGAUUCAGUCAGCCCUUAUCAAUGCUGAGCGCAUGCUAGAGCUGUUCCGCGAACAACCUACUGUGGUGGAUGGCCCCCGUGCCAAGCCGCUUGCUAUGUGCAAGGGUGAUAUCCGAUUCCAGAAUGUUGGGUUUUCAUAUGAUACUCGGAAGCCAGCAUUGAAUGGUCUCACUUUCCGUUGUGAACCUGGAACAACUACCGCUCUGGUCGGAGAGUCCGGUGGAGGCAAGUCCACAGUUUUCCGCCUCUUGUUCCGGUUCUACAAUGCCGAGAAGGGUUCUAUUCGCGUGGAUGGCCAUGAUGUGCAAGACGUGACCAUUGAUUCUGUUCGUAGGCAUAUUGGCGUUGUGCCUCAGGAUACUGUCCUUUUCAACGAGACCUUGAUGUAUAACCUCAAGUAUGCUAACCAAGAUGCCACCGAUGAGGAUGUGUACGAGGCUUGCCGUGCUGCCAGUAUUCAUGACAAGAUCAUGGCAUUCCCUGAUGGUUACAGUACCAAGGUCGGAGAGCGUGGUCUACGUCUGAGUGGUGGUGAAAAGCAACGUGUUGCUAUCGCUCGCACUAUUCUGAAGAACCCUCGUAUCAUUCUCCUUGACGAAGCCACAGCUGCCCUUGACACUGAUACUGAGGAGCACAUCCAAGGAGCGCUCUCCACACUCUCUCAUGGUCGCACGAUGUUGGUGAUUGCUCACCGUCUCAGCACCAUCACAACUGCCGACCGCAUUCUUGUCCUUCAUAAUGGUCAGGUAGCCGAGAGCGGCACGCACGAGGAGCUUCUUGCCAUGAAGGGUCGCUACGCCGGUAUGUGGCGAAAGCAGAUCCGAGCUCAGAAGGCUGCGGCAGAGGCUCAAGUCCUCCAAGAUCGUGCAGAGCGUCUCCGAAAUGCUACCACAAACAGUGAUGACAGCUCCAGUCAAUCAGAUGAGGACCGUAAUGGCAACACUCGUCCUGCCAAAUAA